AUGGUCCAAUGUUUACUUUGCGGCUUCUUCAAACGCACCGUACAAAACCGCAGAAUCUACACGUGCGUCAUCGGCAAGGGAAAGUGCAAGAUCACCAAAGAGCAACGCAACCGCUGUCAGUACUGCCGCUUUCAGAAGUGCCUCCGUCAGGGAAUGGUAUUGGAAGGUAGGCCGUUCAACGACGCCAAGUCUAACACUGCCGUGACCGUAGUUUCAAACAUAUCGUUUCAGCCGUCAGAGAAGACCGAAUGCCCGGAGGACGUAACGGCACACCUGCAGUGCACGGAUGCAAAGCAGCAUCACCCCACCGUUCGUAUUGGGUCAAACAAAACAGGUUGUUCGAACAUCACUUUGGCUUUGGGUUAA